AUGUCGUACAAGGAAGCAAAUGAUGUGUUGAACUACUGGUUCGGAGCGGGAGACCCUUCCAAGAGGCCCAAAUGGUUCGGAGGUGGAGAAGAGACGACUGAGGAAAUCAGAAACAAAUUUGGAGCACUAGUACGUAAUUAAAAGUAGCUAGUCCAUAAGGUGCUACCCAAAACUUUGAGCUUACUAUGAAACUUUUGCAUGCUUGAACAAGGCUGAGGUUUGUAUUUCUGCGGAUCGCCCCUCGAUCGGUGCUUCUCUAUAUAGACAAAAGUCGCUCGGCAACAACUCAAUUAGACACUUAAUCUCGCACUUAAUCGACUGUUUCGCGACGCCUCCACUGCCUUCCCUGUGAAAUGACGUCUGAGGAAGAAUUGCAGAGAUUACAUACUGAUGACGUGUCACUAGCCAGGUCUGACUGGUUGAAGGAAAUUCCCUACGCGGCAUAACCAAUCAGAAGUAUUACCCAGGUGUGGGUAAUGACACGUGAUCAGUAUGGAAUUUCCGCGCUCGUUUCUCAGACGUCAUUUCGCGGGGAAACCAGUGGUAGUGUCGCCAAAUGUCGGCUGUUUUCUCAGGAUAUUCAUAGUUCCGGAUUGAAAAUGAGAUAAUGACGAUUGAAUGCCUUGCGUCCUCUUGACGAUGGAGACUACGAACUCAUUGCAGAUUUAACAACGCUUCAGUGUACGGUUCUGGCGGCGGAUUAGCUUUGCUCCAAACGCAAAUUUCCCAAAAAGUCUUUACGUUAUAUACAGUUUCCGAAGAGAAAGUAGUAGUUUUAUUUUGUCUUGGCCCUACUCAUGAAACCCACGCGAAUACGAACGCCCGUAACUAUAAUGUAGCAAGACAAGCUGCCAUGGCCAUAUGCUUAAUAUUAGCACUUUUAACGAACAGGAAGUAGUUAUUUUGUCUAUUAGAAUUCAAACACAAAGAAAUUGUUCAACCUACAGGCUGGUAUUAGCUUCCUGGCAAAUCUUUAGGAGGUUCUCGUUGUUCGUCAGUUAAUUGUUGUCAUUUAUUCAAAGCUAUUCUUUGUUCAUUUCUGAUUGGCUUUAAUCCCCUGGCUGAUUCUCUAUAACCAACUGAUGCUGACCAAAUUAGAUGCGUAGAUUAGACCAUCAUUAACUUCAGUCACUCUGUCGUCAGUGGUUGUAUCAUGAAAUAUAUGAUUUUUGACGUCAUGAAAGACAGCGGAGGAAUGUUAUCCACUCCUGUCUUGAUCUGCAUAAUUCUUCAUAUCACACUCAGCCUCAAUCCAUAAUCGUCAGCUUUUGAUACCAUUUAAAUCUAGUGGCAUUUUUAUACGUUUUGUAGGUAGAGAAAGCGAGAAACGAUGAACUGGCACACUGGGAGAAUGAUCCUAAGGCUACACUGGCGUUAAUCCUCUUGCAAGAUCAAUUCAUGCGCAGCCUUUACAAGGUUAGAACAAGCUAAGGUGAAGAUAAUUAAUGAUUUUAUAAUUCCAAAAUGCGUGUCGCCUACUAGAGAUGCUCUUGAAAGCUUCCGCAGAGCUAGUCUCCCACGUCAAACAACGCUCCUCCCUAAAUUAUCCUUUCGAAACAAAGAACGGCUGUGUCUUGCCCUCUGUAAGGGAAUCCGCAUUCCGAAAUCCGGCAGAUUUUUGCUUGUGGAAUUGAGAAUCUUGAAAAGCUUUGCACGUGGAAUCCGGAAUCCUUGCCCCGGUUGUUCAAAAGUUGGAUAGCGCUAUCCACCGGGUAAAUUGCGAUCCAGCGGAUAGGUAUUAUGAAAUCCAAUUGCUAUCCACCCUUUGAACAACUGGACCGUGGGCUUUAGAAUCCGGAAUACAGCUCAUGAAAUCCAGAAUCCCACGAAUGAUUGGAAUUCAGUUAAGUUCCACUGAUAAAGAAUCCAGCAUCUGGAAUCCAGGCCAGAAUCCAAAACUGUCUUGGAUUGCUUUACAUAGGGCGCUGCGAUAGGAGAUUACUGGAGGACAAGUACAGCUUCUUUUUCAGGUUGUGGUCUUUUAUACUAGGUACAAGGGGACGAACUUUGCAAAUCAACUUGUCAACUACUUAAGCAAGCCCUCGUACAAGUGGCAUUAAAUUUUUGAUGAUAAUACCCCUAACAUUCUUUUUCUUCCUGAGGUUAACCGCUAUUGGUUCUAACUUAAUUGUAGGGCCGUCCUGAAUUUACCUGCAAAGAUCCAUACUGUGUAAAGCUUGCACGGAAGGUAAAUUAAAUUCAGCUGGGUCCUAAUUUAUUUUUGAAUAGGUAUGAACUCCUCAUCUGCGUUUCACGCGCCAGCGAAACUGCACUUCUCCCGCAACAGUUCAAACUUCUGCCAUUCUUUGAACUAGCAUACGACGACUUCUACGUGAAGUCUUGACUUACACACAGUCGACUUUUGUUAGCGACGAAGUCGCGAGAGUGAGCGUGAAGUUCCCCUCCUGAGCACUGACCCAACCAACACGGACUUUUUAGGGCUAAAGUCUAACUUGAGUCAGGCAAGGAUCAUAUAUUUCCUUCUGAUCUCAGAAUUCUGGCAAUUGCAAUUGCAAUGGCGAUUGGUUUGAAGUUGUUUAAAGGCAUUGCAUUUACUAAAUUAAAAGCUUUGAAUAAUGAAGAAAUCAUCUUACCGGACGUUUUCUUGUGCUUACCUUGCAAUCCGCUAUAUUUUGCUUACUUCCAUUUUUUUUUUAUUUGUUUCUCCGAGUUUCUUGUGCGGAUUGGCCAGGUUAGACAAAUCACAUCGAUCACUUUAAUUUGAUUUUUGUGUUGAUACUACAUAUUGGAAACGGUCUCCGGCGUAACUAAUCAUACCUGUUUUUUUUUUGGCUCUGGCUCUUUUUCCUUUUUAAAGUUCAUGCAACGGGAGAGUCACGAUCACUUAAAGUUUAGUGCGGCUGGACGAGCUUUCCUGUACCUUCCCUUUGAACACAGCGAGGAUAGAGAAUGUCAGGUAUGACCUACUUUAGCAGUGACAUUUUUGUGUCAAUUUAGUACUUUAGCAGUGCAUUCGUGAAACUGCAUUCUCUCACUAACCUGUUUUGAAGAUAUUUAUCGGUAUUUAAAUGGUAUAAUUUCUCCUCUUAUGGCAUGUUCGGGCACGCUAAGGUGGCACUAUCCUCAAGCCUUAGACUAUAAGUCUUACUCUUCAGUGCUCGCUACAUUCUUGUAUAUAUGUAUUCCUUUUGAGAUGAUGAAUAUAUGAAUUUAUUAUAUUUGAACCGCGGAAUGCCUUUGUCUUGUUAUCCUAGCUCUCAGUAAGUUGCGCUCACUCGAUGUUGGUUACAUUUUGCCCAUCCCCUCGUUCGGCCUUGUUGUUGAACUAUCCGCCCGCAAAGUGUUGUAACAAAGCACAAGACUAACAAGACUUUUGCAGUCUUUGUAACUGUCUCAGAUCAGAUGAUAAUAGUCGACUCAUUCACUUGUAUACGUUGUACCUGUGCGUUGAUAACUUGCGCUAUCGUUGACUGAACUGUUCUAGCCGCCACUUUGACUUGAACCGCUGAAUAACGUCUUAGUAUUCUCUCGUACACUCGCCUCGUUUGCAGUUUCUAUAGCCUGUUCUAUGCGUUCAGAUAGAGGAGGGUGGCGCGAAAUGGAGGACUCUGCAGGCAAAACAGCGGAAGAACAGAAGAGGGAGGAAGGAGAGCACGUUUAAUCGUUCGUCCUCUCUCUCCUCCAGGUCUACUCAAGAUCCGACUGACCUCACUGGUUUCGCCUUUUCUCUCCCUGCUCCAGUCCCUCACUUUUCUUUGCGCAUCCACAUUAUCUGAUCGUCUGGAAAAGGCUACAGUUUCUUAUGUUCAAAAAUGUUUUUUGUUUUUUUUUAACUUUUCUAUUAUUGUUCUCAAUUUCAGUUCAUUAAUAGAGUGAUUUUACUUAGCCUUCAAAUAGAUAGUAGACUACUACGCUCUAUUACACUCUAAUUUCACUGUUUUCUUUUGUUUAUUUGUAUAUUCUUUUGUUUCCUUUUUGUUUAUCUGGCAAUGAUUUUUAGAUACUGUUUCAUUGGUUAAGUAAAAUCUCUCCAUCUAGCGUUUAUUGUCUUUAUUAUUAUAUUUUAUGUAGGAGUUAAGCGUUAAGCUUUACGCACAGUUGGAAGAAGACACUAAAGGCACAGACCACGAGACUUACGGAAAGCAGUGGUAUACGUUUGCAUGUCUCCAUAAGGUGUGUAUGGUGCUGGGCUCGGUUGUUCAAAAGCUGGAUAGCAAUGGUUCUAGCCGCCAUGGGAUAAAUCGCUAUCUAGAAAAGUAAAUGUUUAUAGAUUAAGUGCAUUAUGUUGAUCCAAGCUGAUCCUGAUUACAAGCGAGUAAGAAAUCCAGGUCGAACGGAGCGAGAUUCGAAGCCGGGACCUCUCGGCCACGCUGCCUGUCAAUUGCGUCAACCAGUGGACAACAUCAUCCAACCUUUGAGCAACUGGAUCCAGGUCUCUUAAUUUCACUGAGAAAGUAAAUGGCGGAUUUAAACAUUCAACUCAACACUAGAGAGAAAAGUAGUGAUAAGAGGGGUUCAGAUUGACAAUUCUGACUGCAUACUUAUUUAUGUACACUCUUUUAUAUAUGUAUAAGAAUGUUUUUCUUCCGGCUUUGGCUGAACAUUCUUAUUUUUUUGCCUAUUUUAUGCUGAGAAUAUUCUUGUAUGGCUUAUAUGACAAUUCCGUUUUAGAAUAUAAUUGGGGUAUCAACCAUAGUUAGCGCAGGUUUCUUUCGUUUUCGGUUGGCUAGUUUUGCCGUUUAGAGAAAGGAAUAAGUUAAAAAAUAUAUCAUUUUAUUGUAUUUAUAGAUUUUCAAGUCACAAAAUUAUAUCCGGCUUUUCUGUCAAAAUCUUAGCCUGGGGUUUAUUCUUAAGAUAUUCUUUAAGGUUUGCAAAUUUCAGCCUCGAUUCAAAUAUAUUAUUAUCAUUAUACUACUACAUGAAAAAUUACUGCAAUUUGAUUGGCUUAGAGCGGUGGUAUUUCAGCUUAAUACCUACAUGUGAAAAUUACAAACCUUUUGAGGGUAGUAGUAUAAACAAAUAAUAGCACGAUUUGUACGUGAUAUUUGGCAUAAAUAUCACUCGUGAUAUUUCAAAAUUGUCUCAACUUUCAGUCGCCUAACGGUUCGUGAAAUUACGUAUAACAAUUUCGAAAUAUCACUCGUGGUAUUUAUGCCAAAUAUCACUACAAAUCAUGCUAUUACCUAUACAAAGAGUGUAGCAGGCUAAAUUUAAUUAGAGUGUCUAUUUUAUAUAACCGAUUAUAGCUAAGUUUUAUACUACCGUUAUUCGUUCUCCCCGUGUUUGACGGGUGUUACAGGAGUAAUGAAAGCAAAGAUUAGUUUUAUAUAGAAAUUGAAAUCAGAGCACAAGUGAUAAGCGGGUCGCUGGGUUUGUUUAUUUCCUGCACUGAACAAAGUUUUUUCCACAAUAAUGUGCAUGAUAAAUUAUAUAAAUCAUCGUGAAAUUUAGUCAUUUCGCUGGUGGUGUCUUUUACCUUCUUCAGGAGGUAGUCGACCAAUUUGGACGUUUUCCCCAAAGAAACAAAGUUCUGGGCAGAGAGAACACUCCCGAAGAGGAAGAUUGGCUGAAUAACAUGCCGGAUCGUUUCAAAUGGUAAACAAGAGCAAGUCUAGGAGCAACCAAGAUCUGUGUAUCAUAGUUAGAUUUGACUGUUGUAAAGUACGCUAUCCUCGUGCUGUUCAAGUGAAGAACUCAGUUAGUUGUUUGUGUCUUUCAAGAAAACUUAAAGGAUACUUUAUUUAUUAAACACAUGAGAAACGAUUAUGAUCUAAGCUAAAUCAUACGCGCAGCCCUAGGAGGACUAGUAGUAGCAGAUUGUUCCUUCCCGGUUUUAAGCAUUCUUCUGAAUAAUUAAUCCCCUCUCAGGAAUUUUAUUGCUAAACUAAACUAUCAUUCUUGAAUGAAAAUUGCCGCACUGACUUUUCGAGACUUUCAUAUUCCGUUUUUCACACCAGGUUAUUCUGUCCUCUGCUGCGUUCGGUACAUUAUUUGAAUUUUCCACUAAUUCUUCGGCCAGCCAGCACGUUUAUUUUCAAGUACAUCACUCACAUCACUAUCACAUCAGUCAAACUAAAAAAUAUGGAAAUAAUAUCUCGUGUGAACUCAAACCCCCAACCUAAUAUCAAUUUUGAAGGUUCUGACGACCUCGUUAUUAUACCCCUAAUGGUCUUAAAUGUGGACCCCUGAUACACUUCUU